GUGACUAUGUGUUAUUGUUAUGAUCAUGUCUAAUCUUCUGUUUUUCUGAUCCAAUAUGAGGUCAUGAUUUUAUUUUUCUUACAUGUCAGUUAUCAAAUCUGAUGUGAGAUGAAUAAGAGAUGACAACUCUACCUUAUUGUGGUCCCCACAGUAUUCCAGUAAGAGAUGGAGAUAAAUGGCCGGCCUCUCACCUGACCGUCACCAUCCUGCAGGCUCGUCGCCUCCGACCCAAGGACCGCCGCAGCGGCAGCAACUCCUACGUGCAGGCGCAGCUGGGCAGCCUAAGGUUCACCACACAGCCCGUAUGCAACACGCUCUGCCCGGAGUGGAAUGACACUGUGACCUUCGCCCUGCCCAUCCCACGGGAUGACGCCAUGACCCUGACCCUGACGGUUAUGCACAGGCGAUCGCUGGCCGCUCUACCAGACAGGUUUCUGGGUCGGGCCGAGGUGCGACUGGUCGAUGUGUGCCGGGAUCAUCAGCCAGGUAACACAAAGUGGCUGACUCUUGAAUCCAAGCCCAAGAAGAAAGUGAAGGACAGAGGGGAGAUGGAGGUCUCGUUCUGCCUGGGCAACCUCCACUCCUCCUCCACUAGAGUGGACACCCAGCUCCGCUCCAUCUGUGCGGCCAGCCAUGGCGGCUGGGGGAGCACAGAGCUCCACCCGCCAUCUUCUGUUCAGCCGGCAGAGAAACGCGAGCCAAUCCAGCCAUCUUGCGCUGCAGUUCCAGUACUGGACCAGGCCCCACCAUCUGUGGUCCACACCCACGAGCGAGCGGCCAGCCCGCAGUGUGUCAGCAGCGGCGGCGGCAAUGGUGAAUUCCCUGAUCCCAGUGUGCCGGCUUCAUCCGACCACAGUGGAUUGAGCAACAUGGCAGCAGCCAAGAGCGAAACAACGGCAGUCAAAAUCGCUGAUGGCAAAGCGGGAGAUGCCACUCCAAUGGAGCUGAAGGAAGACGGCAACCACGCGGCUAAGUGCAGCAUCUCCACCACCGCCACUCAGAUGCCCCCUCCGCCACGCUCCCAGGAGAGCUCCAGUGCCACCACUGGCCAGCCCAGCAACCUUCUCCUCCGGCUGGGCUGCAUGAUGAGGCGCCUGCAGUACCGCUGGGGGCUUGGGGCCAACAGGGGAGAGAUGCAGCCCCUGCACGUCCCUGAUGCACCCCCAGAGGCCUCAGCCAGGUCUGAGGGCAUCUCCGCGUCCUCGGCUGGAGGCCUGGAUGCAGGGUACAGCCACCUCUUGUCCGAGAGGCUAAGAGCACUGUGUCUGUGGGUGGACCGGUGCCUGGGGAGAAUUUGAGUCGGCAUGGAUGUGACCUUGUGUGGCCAUGAAAAAUAAAACUGCAAUGUAGA